AUGACAUGUCACGGGGCCACCCUGCCACUCCUCCGGGGUAACACAACUUUGGAGUCAGCGCUGGAGCAAGAAGACGACAUUCUCCUUGAACUGGGAUUUCCAGAACAGCGCAUUGAUAUCUUUGUGUCACUGUACAGCAAGCGUGAUGAUAUCGAGAAUGUCGCAUCAUAUCAUCUAGGUCUCGGUCCUUCAGAAACUUGCCGGAUUGGAGGCGUCAACGAAUGGGUCCACGGCAGCUUCAAUGUUUGCAUUCCGCUCUAUGUCAGCAAACAAGGUCAGCAUCCGAAUAAGCAAGCUCUUAUCAGGUUCCCUUUACCCUACAAAAUUGGAGAAACUAGGAAUCCCGGCAAUGUUGAUGAAAAACUUCGCUGCGAAGCUGCAACGUUUAUCUGGAUACAUGAGAAUUGUCCGGAAAUACCUAUUCCACAGCUAUGGGGGUUUGGACUUGUUGGUGGCCAAAGUGUAUAG